AUGGGAUACACAAUCAAACAGAAAAUUGAGAUAUGUCUUCAGUCAGAUGCAAAUCCUCUGAUGACCCAGAUAGACUUGGCCAACUGGGCUAUGCAGAAGUACAACUCCGCAAGUCCUCCAUCACAGACCACGAUAUCCCGGAUCCUUAGCUCGAAAAAUGAUAUUCUCGGCUCAAAAGAGUCCGACUUCCUGCUUGUACGUCGUCGCAAAGUUUCCAAUCCGCUCCUACGAUUUGUUUUGACCGAGUGGAUGACCCAAGCCCAUUGGGAAAGGAUUCCGGUCACAACUCCCAUCAUUCAGCUGGCAGCAAAUGCUAUAUGGAACAAGUUGCCAGCAAAAGAGAAAGACGGGAAUGGCGUUUUCAGUCACAAGUGGUGUAAUCACUUCGUGAGGAAGCUCAAUGUCAACUUGGUAGGAAGCCCAGAAGCAGUGGAGAAUAACUUGGGUUUACCGCUCAACAAAGUAUGGGGAUUAGACGAAAAAGUUGGGCUCAAGAACUACAUUCGAGGUCUCAUUUCGAGAAAUAACUACUCUCCUAAAGACAUGUUCACCAUUGACGAAUUUCUGUUGUUCUAUUGCGUACCGCUAGAUCAAAUUUUUGACGUGUCUUCCGUUGACAAAGGUCUAAGCCAAACGAGUAACUUUUCAGGUUACAUCAUCACAAUCAUGUUGGGCUGCAAUAUGGAUGGUUCUGAAAAGCUUAACCCUUUGGUGGUCUCGAAGCAUGAUACAUUUGACCUAUCCGAGAGUACGAUUUCUACGUUCCACGCCAAUCCAUCAUAUACUCAGUUGUCGUCUCAUUCGUUGGCAAACAAAGUGAGUGAAGCAUACCAAAUCACUUACAAGUACAACAAUAACAAAUGGAUAACGUCCAGUACGUUCCAGGAUUACUUAUUGACCCUAGAUCACAAAUUGGAGAGUGUUUCUCCCGGACGCAAUAUUAUAAUUUUUUUGGAUGACAGCUCCACCCACAGACUAAUGAACCUUGAGUUCAAGCAUAUCAAACUUGUCUAUUUGGAAAAUGCCUCUAAACAUAACAACCCAUAUAAUGGAUUGUUCAAUGAAGUCAAGUUCGAUUAUAUACCGACUAGUUUCGGUAUCGUGGAGGAGUUCAAGAUUGUUUUUCGCCUACAACAAUAUUUGGAAAUGAUCAACAAACAAAAUAAUCAGGUAUCAUCUGAUCAUUCUCUGUCCCCAAUGUCUAGAUCCGAAGCCCUUGUAGCAAAAGGCAACGAAUGUGGUGUAAUUCUCUCAGAAAAAGACUAUCAGGUGCCGUUCAUUAAGGCUAUUGAAUGGAUCAAAAGGUCUUGGGACUCAAUUUCAAAACAAAAAAUAUAUCAAGCGUGGCAACGGGCCAAUGUUAUUGACACAACUAGAACGUGGCCUGCUUCAGACCCUGUUGUCAGAGCUGAAGCGGCACAUACAUUACAGCCAUUGCUGGCGUCAUUGACGACAUAUAAUCCGCAUUUGGCUUAUGAGAAGCUCAGAAAUGUCAUGAACUACCUCAACGUUGUAAUUCCUUGGGAAAUCAACGAGCUUUUAGGUCUUGUGAAUGAAAGGGCAAAAGUCUCAUUGAACUACGCGUCCAUUGAUGAGAUGAUCAACAGCUGU